CCGUGAUCGAAAAUCUUCGCCACCAUCUUGUCCAAGUCCGUGUUGCCUUUCGCGAGCGUAGUCGUGCGUGUGGCUAGUUCUUUUGCGGAGCUGAAACCGCAGUUUCUCGCUGGGAUUUGAGUCAGACCAGUCGUUGCGCUGUAUCUCCAGCUCGCUCGCCUUUUAUUUAUUUAAACGGCGUCAAGGUCGAGAGCGGCACCAUGUCGUCUAGGAAGAAGGUGCUACUCAAGGUGAUCAUCCUCGGGGAGAGUGGGUGAGUGUCAAUCCACCCCAAGGGGCGUUGUUGCGGCGUGUGUGAUGCAUCUCCGACUGGUACAUUUUGGUGUCCAAUACUCUCCGUGCGUCGAAAGCAAUCCGAAGGCGUCGUCAAAUUACGUCUCAGCAGCCGGCGUGUCGUGCCGUCUGAUGUUGCGAUCCUGGCAGUUGAUUGAUGGCAGAAAUUGCGGCAAAGGGUACAGACAAGCGCAAAUGUCGGUACAGCAGAACGGGUGUCUGCUGCAUCCAUAUCGUCUGCCGCGCGACCGUCUGGAUCGCGGCAAACAGAAGCAUGACCCAAAUGUGACAUUGAGUGGAUCUCUAGGGACCAGAAAUGGGGGACACGACAGACGCACCGGUUGAAGGUGCCAAAGCGUCGUUUAGCCGGGCACUGAAGAUUUUGGCGACGUCCCGGGGGCACUACGAGCUCCGUUCUUUGUUCGGGUGCCGACGCCGUUGCAACCUGCCUUUCCACAUCCCCAGGGUGGGCAAGACAUCCCUGAUGAACCAGUAUGUGAACAAGAAGUUCAGCAACCAGUACAAGGCGACCAUUGGAGCAGACUUCCUCACCAAGGAGGUGAUGGUGGAGGACCGGCUGGUCACCAUGCAGAUCUGGGACACUGCGGGCCAGGAGCGGUUCCAGUCGCUGGGCGUGGCCUUCUACCGGGGCGCUGACUGCUGCGUGCUGGUCUUCGACGUGACGGUGCCGGCCAGCUUCAAGGCCCUGGAGUCGUGGCGGGACGAGUUCCUCAUUCAGGCAUCUCCCAGGGACCCCGAAAACUUCCCCUUCGUCGUCAUUGGCAACAAGGUGGACCUGGACAACCGGGGGGUGUCGACCAAGCGGGCCCAGGGCUGGUGUCAGUCCAAGAACGGCAUCCCGUACUUCGAGACAAGCGCCAAGGAGGCCCUGAACGUGGAGCAGGCGUUCCAGACGGUGGCCAAGAACGCCCUGGCCCAGGAGACCGAGGUGGAGCUCUACAACGAGUUCCCGGACCAGAUCAAGCUCACCGGGGAGCAGAAGCCUCGGUCCCAGGGCUGCUGCUAGGGCACGCGGGCGCUGUCUGCUUCCUCGUUGUUUCUUCGGCAGGAGCGGCCCUGUCGCACGCUUCUCAUUCUCGGGGCACGCCUCGGUUCCGCGCGGUGGUAGCACCCAAGUGCAGCGGCGUGGCACGUGCGACGGACUGACGAGACUGUUAGGUUGCUUCAGUGGCGUUUUUCUUUGUUGUUUUUUUUAAUGCCACAUUUUUAAAUUUUUUUGUGGGGAAAAAAGUGGAGGAGGGACCCCAUGUUUUUUUUUUUUUUUUGUUCCCUCCCUCAUGUACAUACAGACCAUUUGACUGGCGCCGGUAGCUAUAAGCUUCUUUCUUUUUGUAUUUCGGUUUAUUGUGGAACUUUUCCGCUUGUAUCUCUACUGGAACCAGUCAAAACUGUCGGAGGUUAUUUUGUAGGAAGCUGUUGAUUGUUCUUUUUUUUCUUUUUUUUAGCUUAGCCGACGGCCAGAGUAGUUCACUACACUUGGCUCGGAGAGGUCGUUUGGCGAAAGAAAGCCACAAAGUUGGCCUAAACGGUUUUAAAUAAAAAUUUAAAAAAAAUGUUGCAGCACAUUUUUUUUUGUUCAGGAAGAAAUUGAGAUGGUUAUUUGUGGAAGUCCUUUCGUUUUAACCCUCCUGUUUUCUGUGUAUGAGAUUAGAGCUGCCUAAUUCUGGUUACCACACUACUGCUAGAAUGAUUGCCUCGUUUUUUUGUGCGUGUAAUUCUUUCGUUCUUGAGAGUACGAUUGUAUGAUUGUAAACCUUUUUUUAUGAAUAAAUCUGCAAUAUGUACACUGAA